AUGGCGCUGCGCACGGUUUGUACCACCGUGUUACGAACUGGGACAGAUUUAGGGGUCAGCAAGACCAGAUCGUUUGUUACAACAGCUCUCCUCUGCCGACGGGUGCCUCCACCAAAUCCCAUACCAAAUGAGGAUAUUGACACUACGAACCUGGAGUCAUUAGAGAAGUAUCGCAGCUACACAAGCUACUUCAAAGAAGCCGAGAAGGCAAAGAACAGGGCUGUGUGGUGGAAAACCUACAGGAAGCAUGUGGAGGGAGCCGAUCCUGAGCACGGGGCCGACCGAGUGGACAUCGGACUCCCUUACUGUCGACCCAGCAGGAUCAAAGAGGUGAAGGAGAGGAGGCAGGUGAUGAAGGACAACAAGAGGAAUGUGGAGCUGGAGCGGGCCUCUCGCCUGCGCACCCUGAAAAUCCCCCUGGAUAGAGUCCAGGAAACGUGGGAGAAGAGCAGCGGGCCGUUUCACAUAAUGAGGCUGGCAGACCACUACGGCGUCUUCAAGGAUCUCUUCCCCAAAGCUUAUUUCCUACCUCAGGUCACACUGCGCAUCUCUUACGGCCAAGAGAACAGCGGUCAAGUGUUCUAUGGAAAUCAGCUGACCCCGGCUGAACCUCCCCCCCCCCAGAUCAGCUUUGAAGCAGAGCAGGACUCCCUGUGGACCGUCCUGCUUACCUCUCCGGAUGAGCAUCUUCAGCAUAAUGAGGCAGAGUACAUCCACUGGCUCGUGGGGAACAUACCCGGCAGCGCUGUGCAGAAGGGAGAAGAGCUGUGCCACUACCUGCCCCCUGUCCCCGCCAGAGGAACAGGCUUCCACCGCUACAUUUACAUCCUCUUCAAGCAGGAGGGGGCCAUCAACUUCCAGGAAGACGUUUGGCCCUCACCAUGCCGUUCCCUGGUGGAUCGCACAUUUAAGACGGUGGAAUUCUACAGAAGGCACCAGGACCACAUGACGCCUGCAGGCCUGGCCUUCUUCCAGUGCCAGUGGGACGAAUCUGUCACCAAAACCUUUCACGACACACUCAACAUGAGGGAGCCAGUUUUUGAGUUCAUCAGGCCUCCAGUGUACCACCCUCCACAGGUCAAAUACCCCCAUCGGCAGCCCCUGCGCUACCUGGAUCGAUACAGAGAUGGAAAGGAACACACAUAUGGAAUAUACUGA